CGACUGACACCCCGCCCGGCCAAUCGAGCUGCACACGCCGGCCCUCGGGCCGGGCUCGGCCCCGCGCUCAAACCGGCAGCGCCAAGCCUGCUCCAUGGAGGCCGUACUGGGGCAGGUGGAGCAGCUGCCCGCGCUCCUGGCCGUGUCCCGCUCCGCGCUGGUGCGGGACUGGGACGGCCUCACGCUGGACAGGGCUCUGGAGUGGGCCCGCUAUUUCCAGCACCUCCAUAACCGGUUCCGUGCCCGUCCCCAGCUCCGGGAGGCCCUCGGGCGGCGGCUGCGCCGCUCCCAGCCGUGCCCUCUGCUCGGCUUCCCCGCGCUGGGCCGCUGCCCGCAGCUGCUGGGGCUGGCGCUGCUGGAGAACCGCGCUCUGCCGCCCGCCGCCUGUCGCCGCCUGCUCCGCAGCCUGCUGCAGCCUCCCGCCGCGGGGCCUGCCUCCGACCCCCGCGGGCUGGGGCUGCUGGCCCGCCGCAAGGCCGCUGCCCGCCUGCUGGCCUUGCCCCGCCGCGGCCCCGGGCCCGAGCCGCAGCUGCAGGUGGAGGCGCGGCUGCUGCUGAGCCGGCUGCGGCAGGAGGCUGGGGAGGCCGCGGGGCGGCUCCGCGGGGCUCAGGAGGGGCUGCAGGCCGGCGAGGCCGCGGGGCGGCCCUGCGGGGCUCAGGAGGGGCAGCUGCCCUGGUUGUGCGGGGCUCUGGAGCUGCUGCCCCAGCCCCGCGCCUUCGGGGUGGUGGCGGCGGCGCUGGUUCUGCUCAAGCAAGGCCAUGGCGCUGAGCAGGCCGGGGAUAGGGAUGGGGAUGGGGAUGGGGAUGGGAGCAGCAGCCCAGGGGGGUACCAGGAGAGUGCUGCAGGAGAGGAAUGCACCGCCGGGCUCCUGCUUUCCUGGCUGCUGGGCAACCAGGAACGAUUUUCUGCCUUCUGCCUUUGCAUCCCUUGUUCCCAUCUCGCCUUCCUGGCUGGUCACUACUCCCAGUUAUGUCGAUCUUAUUUGGACCUCUUAACAGGCUGGGGAAGGUGCUUGCACUAUGACCCCUUGCAGGGACAGUGGGUCAGAAGUUGCCUUGAGAAAGCUGAAUUGUCCUGGGAGGAAUUAAGGGAGCACUUCAUCUGCCUCUGUCAGGGAUCCACGCCGCUCAAAGAACAGACCCAAGCUGCCUUGGAACUCCUGAGGACACAAGAUGGAGACUUCAGAGUCCGUGGCCUAAGUGUGUGGACUGACUUACUGAUGGAAAUAGGCUACUCAUGCAUGGACACAAAAGCAACAAAGAAACUUAAAAAAUCAAGUAAAUCUGGUUAACUUUAUUUGGUGUGAAAGGCCAGACAGCUACUCCUCACUUCGUUGAAAACCAAAUGUUACUGUGGCUGCUGAUCACAAUGAUUCUGACUGCAUCUGGUUCUGAAAUCUUUCAGGGAGGCCUGGUGUUUUCUUGGGGUUGUGCUGUCAUUUCUGGUCAACACAGAAAAUGUCUUCCUUUUCCGUACUUGCUGAUUAAUUAUCUAAUAAAAUGAAGAAAAUCCAUUCUGUUUCAAAUAUGGGGUAGUUUUGUGUUUAAAAAAUACGACAAUGCUGAUAUGGUCACGGUAGUAAUUUUUCUAAAUGUUGGAGGCUGAGCAAAAGUUCAAAGGGAGGGUGGAGCUUCAAAUGUGAAAACCACAAAUUCAGGGUUCCUUUAGUAGUGAUUGUCUCCAUUGGGCUGUCUGCUCUGGUGGCCACGCCAUGUCAAUGCUUCCACAGCUCUUGCACGUGACUUAGCCCCAGGGUCAGUGAAGAAAGUGAGAGGAGGCCAACUGGAAAGCUUCUUGAAAAGUUCUAAAAUAAAGGUCUUUAUUAGUUGCUAUAUUAUUUGAUAAUAUCCAGGUAUUUCCUAAGAAAAGUGAGGUAAAGUGUAGGAUGUUCUGUGUGGUUUUCUUCCCAUUUCCAUUCCUUGCUUUGUGAAGCAGAAAAGUGA